AUGGGGCCAAGAAAGGGUAAGACGAAAGGUGGGGUGCGGAAGUACUCCACGAUAAAAGAAAGAGAAAGCACUUUCAACUCACGUGUAAGAAAUGGAAUAGUGAUGAAAUGGCCUCACAACAAGAGCUAUUCACCAGAGGACAUGGCUUCAUUUGGUUUUUACUAUGAUCCAACAUAUCAACAUCAUGAUUGCGUAACUUGUUACUACUGCAAAAAAAAAGAGUAUGGCUGGCCUAUACCGCGUGAAAAGAUCAUGAUGAGUGAUGGUUUACAAAUACAACCACCCAUAUUACGACAUGCCCACAAUUCACCUGAUUGUACAAAUGCCCGUAUCCUUUGUGCGAGAUUUGAAUGCGAGCAUUCCAAAGAUUUCCACUGGGAAUAUGAUGCUUUGUUCAAAGACCCAAUUGAAUCAUCGAAAAUAAGAAAGAAAUCUUUCGUCGGCUGGCCUUUCGAUGAAGACACAAAUAAGAAGACAAGCAGACGUGUGAAAACAAAGUUGAAACGCGGUCUUCCCACAAGUGAUCAGCUAGCGGACAACGGCUUUUACUAUUUAUCAUAUGACAAGGGUGAUGAUGCAGUUACCUGUCUCUACUGUGGAGUGAGUUUGGAAGGCUGGGAAAAUGGAGAUGACGUUGCCGAGGAACAUCGUAAAAGAAAUCCUGACUGCUAUAUUUUUCAUUACCAGGAUAUAUUGAAACAACUGGAAAAGGAAUCCACAUCUGAGAAUACAACACAGAACUCGGAGCAUAGUGGAUCAUUAUACAGGUUGGCAAUAGCAGAGGCUCAAACAGAGAAAGAGGAGAUACAAAAACCCAAGUUAACCAACUAUCCACAAGAUCAAGAGCCGACCAUCUUGGACAGACCCAGACUGGGAUCAAAUGAAGCUCCUGACUUAAUGGAUGACAUUGGCAUUGAAGACCAUUUGGCCUCCGAUAAUGAACACCAACAAUCUCCUUCACAUGGAGAUGUCCAGAUACCUCCAUCUGAAACCAAGCGGACAAAUUUAAACAACAGUUCGUUGAAAGUGGAUGAACACGGUUUGACAUAUGAGGAAAUACCGGAUGAGGGAUAUCUUGAGGAUAUAAAUAUCCAGAAUGGAACACCUCAAAGGUCUGUGGAAAUCCCAGCUUCCUCAUUAAAUGAAUUAAGCGAUUUUUUUAUAGAGCCAUCUGCAAGUGGACCAUCGACAUUUUUCAAUAAAUCAAGGCCAUCAACUCGCGGAAGUAAUAAAUCUAACAGCAAAUUAGGAAAAGAUAAAGAAAAGCAUGCCAAACCUCCCCAACAAAUUCCUGAAAUUGAGGAGCACGAACGAAUCUCUAGGCAGGAGGAUCACGAACAAAUCUCUAAGCAGGUGCAGCCACCGGACGCGAAUGACAAAUUGCCAUCGGAACCUCCAAAUGAGAUAAUAGAUGACGGUGACUUUGGUAUGGACUUUAAUGAAGACAAUUAUAAUACCCAGCUUUCCGACAAAGGAAAACUUAAUGAUACGUAUGAGAAAGGUCCGGAACCACCAAGCAAAGCGUUGACUGUGGUAAAUAAAGAGAGAAUAGCAUCUUCGAAUGAAGUGGCAAUACUACAGCAAACCAGAGAAGAGUUGGUGAAUGCUAUUCGAGAGGAAGUUCGACAAGAAAUUUUAAAACAAAUGGCAACAAUAAACAUGACAGCCAAGCAGCUUUUAUUAACGGAAAAGGAAGAUGUAGGCAUGAAGAAAAAGACGAAGAAGGGACGAAAAAAGAAGAAGCAUCAUCACCACCAUCAUCGUAAAGGUAGCGUUAGUCAGAAAGGAGAAAUAAAGGGAGACGCAAAGGAAAUUCACGAGAAGAAAGUUGUAAUCGAUGCCAAGAUAGCCAAAACGAAGAAUAAAACAAACGUGGAAGAAGAAGCAAAGGAAAUUCAUAAUGCAAAACAGAAUAUCGCCGGGGAUGAUCAAUUGGAAAAGCAAAUAGAAAAGGCCGAAGAACAUGCAGAAGAUACGAAGACUAAAGUAGGGUCAGAAGCCAAUAUUAUUUCGACAGAUUAUGGUGGUAUGCUGAUCAAAGAGAAAUCUGAUUUAAAGAGAAAGGCUGUACAAUACAUUAGAAAGAAAUCAAAGCGAAAAAAGGCAAACAAGAAUCUUGGCACACCAUCGGAAGACAGUUUAUUAAUAUCUGGGCAAGAAAAUCACAGUCGGCUGAGAAGGAUGCUGAAUUCUCGUUUGAACAUAUCAAGGGGCAAAAAGACUCAUGAAAAUGGAUCUUCUCUUUUGAUAGGAAGCCAUAAUUCAGAUACUCAGAAUAGUAAGGAUGAUGAGGUAAAGAAGGAAGAACAAGUGGAACAAAAAAUAGAAAGCAGUAAAGAUUUGGAAGUCUCAAUCAAAAAAGAAAGUGAGACAACUUUAGAGAAGAACAGCCACUCACAAGAUAUUAUAGGUGAACAUGGUUCGACGGAUAUGCAAGUGAAGAGCAGAAAAACGGAGCUGGAAACUGAUAAAACAAUCAUAUCACUGGGAAAUGUUUCUGAAGGUACUGAAGGGUCAGAUGAUGAUAUAAUCCUGGAUAAUGCUUCGCAUUCUACAAACGAGGAGGUUACUAAAGAGAAUAUCAAAAUUCCAGAGUUGGAAAAUGCUAAUAGCCAGAGCACUCCUUUUGCAGAUAGAGUGAAUGAACAAUCUUCCAGUUUUGAGGGAAGAGAUCUCGAGAAACAAUUAAUUCUUGAGAUGAGUAAAACUAAGGAAGACAUGACAAAUAUGAAAUCGGAACGACUUAGUGAUCAUAUGAAGUGGGAUCGAAUUAAAGAAACAGGCCCUAAUGAGUAUUGUCAAGACCUUCUGGAGGCUUCUAAAAUCCUAAAGAGCUUACUGGAAUCAAAAUACCAGGUUUUAAGCGAAGAUAUGGAUGGACAACUUACAAGUUUUAUUGCUGAAAUGCCGGCAGAGGAGUUGCAAAUGAGUAUCAAGGAUUGGCUAGAACACAGGGCGGAGCAAGCAGCAGAGUAUGUCAAGCAAAAGGUGCACAUUAUACAGGAAGAGCUACAUGCAAAUACUUUAAAAGCUGUGGAGUACUUAGAGAAAUUACCCUGCGAAUCCGAAACUGAGGCCGAUGCUAGCGAACACGAAGUUAUAUUAUAA